UACACUGGAAACAAGAUGGAAGACACUGAUAGAACAAUUUCUCGUUUGUGGAGAUCCUUCAAGACCAUCAAGGAGAUGGUCAGAGAUAGAGGUUAUUACAUCACCCAAGAGGAAAUCGAUAUGUCCUUGGACGAGUUCAGAUCUAAGAUCUGUGACAGUAUGAACGUCCCACAAAGAAAGUUGAUGUGUUUCCAGGCGAACCCAACUUCUGAAUCCUUAGAAAAGUUCCCAGAUUUAGGAUCUUUAUGGGUUGAAUUCUGUGAUGAAUCUUCUGUUGGUAUCAAGACCAUGAGAAAUUUCUGUAUCCACAUUAGUGAAAAGAACUUCAGUACCGGUAUAUUCAUUUACCAAGCCAAUAUCACUCCUAGUGCCAACAAGUUGAUUCCAACUGUUUCUCCAGCAUCCAUCGAAACUUUCCAAGAAAGUGACUUGGUGGUUAACAUUACUCACCAUGAAUUGGUUCCAAAACAUAUCAAGUUGUCUCGUGACGAAAAGAAGGAAUUAUUGAACAGAUACAGAUUGAAGGAAUCUCAAUUACCCAGAAUCCAACGUGAAGACCCAGUUGCUCGUUACUUGGGAUUGAAGAGAGGUGAAGUUGUCAAGAUCAUCCGGAGAUCUGAGACCUCAGGUCGUUAUGCCUCGUACAGAAUCUGUUUGUAGUGUCAGUGUAUUAUAGGACAAAAUAAAAUAAAGUGU